AGCCGCGCCUAUCCCGGGCCCGCGUUCCCGAUCGGAGCCGUUCCCGGCCGUGCCCAGCCCGGGGCUCGGAGGCCCACAGAGCUUCGGACUGGUUCGUGCUGGGCGUCCGGAAAGGGGCGGUUUCUCAUCAGAAGGCCUUACUCUUAGCACGGGCUUUCUUUUCAAGAAUUGCAGCACAGUUUUCUCUACUGAACCUGACCAUUGUCAAUAAUGGCAAGACUCCGAGGUACUGCACCAUAUACACUGUGGAUCCUUUUCUUUUCAUAUACAAAACAUGAAGUUAUGACUGCAGGACACAUAAAAGAAUUUGCAUGCUUCACUGACUAUGACAAAGAGCUAGUUUGUCACUGGAAGGUGCCUGCACAAACCAAUUGCUCCAAAGAAUUCCUGCUCUGCUACAGCAAGGAAACUUCUUCUGUGUUAAACAUGUGUGUUCCUGAGAAUGAAAAAGACAGUUUAAGGUGCACUUGUACAAUAUAUCCAGAUUAUUUUGUAUCAGGCCUCACAUACAUUCUAGCCCUACAAUUCAAUGGCACGGAUAUGUGGAAUUACAGUGUUACACCAGCCCUUGUUGUUAAGCCAAGAGCCCCCAAAAAUCUUGCUAUUGAGAAAGCUGAAAAUGGUAACUUCAAUCUGAGUUGGGAGGAGAGCUACUCUCCUCCAUCCUUGCUCUCUGGACAGCCAGUCAUCUAUGAAGUGAAAUACUGGAAAAAGCAGCACCCGACAGAGGUUUCUGUAAAAGCAAUUAACUACCAGGCAAAAAGCUUUGAGAUUACUGCAAGCUCCUUGAAGGGAGGUUAUGAUUACGUUGCAAGAAUCAGGUGUAACUACAUGGACUACCCAGCCUUCUGGAGUGAAUGGAGUGAAGAAGUUGAAUUUCACUAUGAUUACCAGGUGAAGGCUGAAGACAUUCUCCAGAUGGCUGUGCCCACAUCCUGCAUACUGAUUGUGGCAGGAUCUGUAAUUUGUUACUUCUGUUUCACCAAAAUGAAGAAAGAAUGGUGGGAUCAAAUCCCAAAUCCAGCAAAGAGCCAUUUGGUUGUAAAAAAUGUCAAGUUUUCAGUUUUGUGCUACUUUGAUGAAAUUAAGUUCCCAUUCCAUGACUUAAAGCAGAGUCAUAUGGAACAACAAAUAAGUUGCAAGAACUGUCUGGGUCAAAGUUUGUCAAGCCAAAACUUCAAGGGAAAAGAUAACACCAGAAAUGUUGAGAAAUCUUGCAGUUGCCACAGCAAGUCUGGAGAGUGGUUGCCAAAAGACAGCAAUGCAGUUUUCACCCCUGAUACAAUACCAGCUGAGGAGUCUAUAGAUAUCUGUAUAUGUUUAACAGACAGUGAAACGGAGAGCCAAGAAGAAACUGGCAACCAGAUCACCAUGUCUGAGCCUUGUGAGAGCAGCAUUGUUGCUUUCAGAGGGCAUCCUGAGCACAAUGAGUUACUAGCUAACAUGUUUGAUGCACUCCUAGCAGAUGAAAGUAACAUGGAAGACAAUAAAGGCCCCAAUAUCCCCACAGCUGAGAGGAAAACCUUAGAGAACAUUGGAUCAGAAAAUCCAUCACAGCAAAAUCCAAAAGAAAGCGCAGCCCCGAGUCCUCAACCAUGUGAUAUUUCUCAUACAGCUCCCCUUUUCACCAAAACCUCUCAAGAUGACUACAAUUGUAGUACAGCCAGCAGAGAGUCAGAACUAUCAGAAGAAUCCUUUGAAUCUGGUUAUCAGAGCUCCAGCAUAAAUUCUGCUUCUCUGGAUGCAAGAGAUCUUCAACAAAUGGACCAUCAAAGCCUUUUUCUAUGUAGUUCUGAAAGUGAGUUUGACUCUUGUGUCCUGAUCCAGGAGUCUGCAAAUAAAUCGUUAUUUGGAACCAGAACAGACAGAAUAAACAGCUCUGCAGACAAGAGUUUUGAUACCCUUGUGUCUGCAUCCAUGGGGUUGUGUGGUUCUGCCUACAAGAGCUGUAAAACCCUUUUGACUCCAAGCCUGGAGCCCUGUGGCUCUGCCUACAGGAGCUUUAGUAUGCUUGUGUCUGCAUGCAAGGAACCAAGCAGCUCUGCGUACAAGAGCUUCAAUGCCCUCGUGUCUCAGUCGAUGGCCAACAGUAGCCUGACUCCGUGCUUUGAAAGCAUGCCUUCCUCACCACCUUUGAGACAGUUGUCAGAGACACCGGAAUGCAGCCGCAGAGAUCAAAGCACUCAGCCUGCUAGCAAUCAGAUGUGUUAUAACAACUACAGAUCUCCCAGCACUGGGCUUGAUUUUCCAAACACCUGUUCAGAACAUACUGAUUUUCUGUCUUUCUCCACAUAUGCAAAUGAAGGUGCUUCAACUUUUCUUUCAGAGGAAGAAAUACAUAAGGAACUAAAAUACCAAGAUGUUCCAAGGAAAGCCAAUAUAAUUUCUUGCCCCAUUGCACCUCAGCCAUCUGGUUAUCAGCCUUUUGGUAGUGCAGGUAAAUGUAACAGUCUAUACUGGGACAGUGACAAUGAGGUUAUCUCUACAUCACUGUAUGAAUCCUUCACUGGUCUGUGCGACAACCUGAGUGAAGCACCUCCAGAUACUGCAAUCUAUGAACCUGACCCAAGGAUAAAGGACAGUGUGUGUUUGACUGUUCAGAGUUCUGACUGCACAAUUGUCCCAGGUUUAGUAUCUAGCGAGAAUGACACACAGACUAGUGAUGGUAGCCCUAGGAUCAACUGCACUAAUGAACUGUCUGGUGAUAGCAAUGAUGGAAAUACCAGCAGAGAUGAACAGCUGUUGCAUUUAUUAGAGAUGAAAUGCAAAGAUCUAAACAGCAGAGAAAGAACUACAAAGGGAACAAAAUGGAAAAGCUUUAACCCUACUGGUAAAGUAAUGCAAGAGGGUGGUGAUAACGGACUAAAAUACUGACUUCAACUGCCAGUCACACAACCACUUGAGGGAACUUGGAGAUGCAGGGGGAAGUGAAGAGGUGCUGAAGUAUGCAGACGGGGGGGGGUUUGGCUCAGCAGCCAGCUUAUCAGCAUCACUGGACAGUAUUGGGCUAAACUUAGAAGAAUUGCAUACCCCUGCUGCUCCAUGGUUCAGACAAGGUGUUACCUUGUCAUUUUGUGAGUAACUCCUAUCUCUCUGAUUCUCACGCCAUUCACAGUGAGGACCCCAGACUGGCACUUAGAGUUAAAAGAGGAACAGUAGAACUCUUAAUGGAAAACAGCAGGAAGAAUGAGAAAAAAUUGAAACUUGUGCAAACCCUUGCCCAGGAGGUCAACUGGCAUAUGGAGGUAGCCUAGCCACAUUUGCCAAGACUGAACUAGUCUUUGGAAAUAAACUGUAUGGCAAGUUGAAUUGUUGCUUGUUAUUUCAAUCUUGACUGAAGUGAGGGCUGCUAUAGGUCACCCAUGAUUCACUGGGUUGUAGCAUUCAUGCCUGCCUGGGACUAGCAGCCGGGACAUGAUGCAGAUCCCUGGGGACAAUUGGGGUUAGCACCCAGCAGUGGCAGCCACAGCUCUACAGGGACAAAGUCAGAGCUGGUGUCUCCAGCUGUGAACAAUCUCUAAGAGGGAUCAGCAGCUGCAGGCAGCAGGAGUUCUUAGUACAGCUUCUGUGGUUAUUGCCCUGGCAGUGGAAGCACACAAAGGUGAUGUGGAAUGUGCUGACACACUUGAAACUGGGAUAUAGGUGCAGGUCCAAAGGGGAGGUGAUUGAUUUAUCACUCAGCUUCCAUAACUUACUUCAUUUGGGGUGGGGGAUGUUGUCCUGUGUGCUUAGCCCUGGCACAGGGUGUAUGUUUCUCUACCUGCUCAAUAAAGACCUGAAAUAAAGAUUACCAUCAUUUGCACUUACA